AUGCCUUUCGAUGCAUUUGUUGGCCUCAUAGCACUGGCAGUUCAGGAAGACUCGCAAAUUUUGGACAAUUUGGGAGUUCUUUACAUAAGUUCUUCCAAAUUAAAAGAAGCGCAAGAAAUAUAUGAAAUACUCGACAAAAAAUAUCCUGAAUAUCGUGAGGGGAAAGUGCAUUACAAUAUUCUGUACAUGUAA